AUGCAGGUCGCGACCGGGGCCCUGAGCCCCCUCCUCCACAAGCUCGGGGACCUGCUCGUGGCCGAGCUCACCCUGAGCAGCCGCGUGAAGAAGGGCGUCCAGUCCCUCACCACGGAGCUGGAGCUGAUGUACGUCGUCCUCUCCAAGGUCGGCGACGUGCCGGCGGACGAGCUCCACCCGCAGGUCCGGAUCUGGGCGGGCAAGGUCCGGGAGCUCUCCUACAACAUGGAGGACACCGUGGACGCCUAUAUGGUCCGGGUGUGCGACGGCAGCCAAGUUGAACUCGGCCCCAACAACUUGAAGAACAGAGUCAAGAAGUUCUUUAAGAGGACCAAGAAGUUGUUCACCAAUGGCAAGGCUCUGCAUCAGAUCUCCGGCGCCAUCCACGACGCCCAGGAGCUCGCCAACCAGCUGGGUGAGCUCCGUCAGAGGUACGAUCUUGUGGCAUCCACGGAUGGUGUAGUGAAUGCCAUUGAUCCUCGCCUCAAGGCUGUGUACAGGGAUGUCACAGAGCUUGUAGGCAUUGAGGAUAGGCGGGAUGAGGUGAUUGAGAAGCUUUUUAAUGGGGAUGACAUGUCUAAGCAGCAGCUCAAGACACUCUCUAUUGUUGGAUUUGGUGGAUUGGGCAAGACAACGCUUACCAAAGCAGUGUAUGACAAGAUCAUAAAGCAGUUCGACUGUGGCGUGUUUGUUUCGGUGUCACGGAAUCCCGACAUAACAAAGAUUUUCAAGAAUAUGUUGUAUGGACUAGACAGUAGUAAGUUUGCGAACAUCAACGAAGCCAUUAGGGACCAUGAACAACUCAUGAAUGAGCUGAGAGUGUUUCUUCAGGAUAAGAGGUACUUAAUUGUCAUUGAUGACAUUUGGACUGAGGAUGCAUGGGAAAUUAUCAAGUGUGCUUUGCCUAAAAGCGAUCUUGGUAGUCGAGUAAUAAUAACAACUCGCAUAACCAGUGUCUCCGAAGCAUGUUGCCCAUCUUGUGAUGAUAUUAUUCAUAAGAUGAAAUCUCUUGAUAAUGAUGACUCCAAAAGGCUCUUCUACAAAAGAAUAUUCCCUCAAGGAAGUGAAUGUCCUGUUGAACUGGAGCAAGUAUCUAGAGAGAUUUUGAAGAAAUGUGGUGGCGUGCCACUAGCCAUCAUUACUAUAGCCAGUCUGUUAGCCAGUAAUGAUCAGCAGAUAAAGCCAAAGUAUCAAUGGGAUAACUUACUGAGUUCUAUUGGUCGUGGACUUGAAGAAGGUGGUACUGCGAAGGAUAUGCAGAGAAUACUAUCCUUUAGUUAUUAUGAUCUACCUUGUUAUCUAAGGACUUGUUUAUUAUAUCUCAGUAUAUUUCCAGAAGAUUUUGAGAUAGAUAGAGACCGGUUGAUAUGGAAGUGGAUAGCCGAAGGCUUUAUCCAAGGUGGAGAACAAGACAUUAGACUAUUUGAGCUUGGAGAGAGAUACUUCACUGAGCUGAUAAACAGAAACUUGAUCCAGCCAUCAUAUGUUGAUUUUCAUGGUAGGGUGCGAAGUUGUCACGUACAUGAUAUGGUACUUGAUCUCAUAUGUUCUCUAUCUACCGUAGAAAAUUUUGUUACUAUAUUGGAUGGUACUAAGCAAAGGAAAAGUAAUUCAGAUAGCAUGGUUCGCAGGGUAUCAUUUCAGAAUAGCAUGUCAAAGCACACCACCCAUCAGGUCAAUGCCAUAAGUAUGUCAAAGUUAAGGUCUGUUACUCUCUUUAGAACUGGUGUUGAUAUGAUCCAGACUCUUUCAAACUUCCAUAUUCUGCGUGUAUUGGAUUUAGAAGGUUGUAAUCUUCAGAAAAGCAGCCACCAGAUUGAUCUUAGGUAUGCUGAGAAUUUAUUACAUCUGAGGUACCUCGGGCUAGAAGGUACAUUUGUUGACGUUCUGCCCAUGGGAAUAGGAAAGCUGAAAUUUUUGCAAACAAUGAACUUAAGAACGUGUAUGGUGAUGCCAUCCAGUGUUGGUCGGCUAGGACAUUUAAUGUGCCUCUAUGUUGAUAUUACAGUGAGAUUACCAGUUGAGAUAGGGAAUUUGGUGUCCUUAGAAGAGCUGAAUGAAGUUAUGGUGGGUGGUACUGAUGCGAUUGAGAAAGAACUAGGAAAGCUGGCGGAGCUGAGUGUGCUUGGUCUUUGGUGGGAGGGAGACGACGAGAGUGUUUGUAAUUCUUUGGUGGUGUCCUUGGCCAAUCUGUGGAAAUUGCAUAAAUUAACUAGUUUUCUUUGUGGGGAUGCAAGGUUUGAUGACAGCUGGGACAGAUGGGUGCCCCCUCCACACCUCCACGCCUUUUAUUUUUAUCACUGUACCUCAACAUUGCCUAGAUGUUUUAAUUCAUCAUUGUUUCCCGUUCUCUCCUGUUUGCAUGUAGUAGUGGAUAGAGUGAGGCUGGAGGUCGACAUUCAGAUCCUUGGGAAAUUUCCCGCUCUUCGUUCUCUCUGGCUGGGAACCACCAAAGACCAAUGCACACUUCUGUCGAAAGGUUCAUCAUUGGCAAUGAUGCAUUCCCCUUCCUGA